AUGGCGGAAGAAACCGAUGAUGUGGAGUAUGAUAUACUAUUAACACCUCCGGCACCCGCUGUCGUGAGUGAUGAAGAGGAGGCAAAUUAUGACAAUUUGGUUUCUACAACCCUUCCAAACGAUGUGCCAGGUACUAUCGAGGUAAUUCCACGACGUCCAAAUUAUGACGUGUCAGAUUGGGAUGACAGUGAUGACGAGCCAAUUUUGAAUUUUAAGCCUGCUGCAAAACGAGCAAAAGUUAAUAAUUCAGGGGAACCCGUUUGGAAAAAAAUAUCACCCACGUACAGUAAAUCACACAGCGUGACUGACACUAUUCUUUUGAGGGGAAAAAAUGUAUUAGAUUCUCUGAAGGACCACAACGCCAUAAAUUUGUUUGAAAAAAUUUGCAACGAUGAUGUCAUGGAUCUUAUAACGGAAAAUAGUGCUCUUUAUGCAGCGCAAAACAAUAGGCACAAUUUUAACAUUGAUGCCGCAGAUUUAAAAAAGUUUUUGGGUAUACUGAUUCUAAGUGGAUAUCAUGAAUUGCCUACCGAGCGUGCUUACUGGAGUUUAGACGAAGACUUGGGCGUUCCACUAAUAGCAAAUU